AUGCGCGUCUCGUUAGAAAGCGGUGCGAACGACAAUGACGUUGAAGAUGACGCGAACCAUCCUCUUACCGGAGCUGCCAGAGACGAAGAAGCCCAUCUGUUGACAAGAGAAGAGAUGGACUUCGAAGACAACGCGUUGCCUGCGCGUAGUGGCCGACGUGCUUUCCUUCGCUUCUUGCGCGGUCCAGAGCCACCUCGCAUCCAGUCCAUUCAGCCAGUCUUCCCAGCCAUCCAAGCGUAUCCGGCGCAAUGGACGGAAGCACACGGGUUCAAUAAACCCAUCUGGCUCUUUGCUGUGCUACUGCUGUGGCUUGUCAUCUUCAUGUGGUUUCUCACGGCACAACUACCGCUUCGCGAUGGGGAUGGCAAUAGCGUGAUCAACCUCGAUUGCGUAGACACGCUCUGGAAACGAAAGAACGAAUGCGGAAUCGAUGGGAUCAAUUGCCGCCCUUUCAGCAACCAUUCAUUCGCCUUCCGGUGUCCAGCAAAGUGCGGCGACGUGCAGAUCUUGAAUCCGCACAUUGUUGGACCUCUCGAAGUAAACUACCGACCGCUUGUCAUCGGUACGGGAUCUUACCGUGGAGACAGUUUCAUCUGCGGAUCCGCGAUCCAUGCUGGCAUUGUGGAUGGCCGGAAAGGUGGUAAGGAACUGCCCGUACGAACUGUGUAUAAGACAUAUACUGACAUGUUAUCUUCAUCCUCGUAG